UGGUGGCUACAGCGCCUUGUGUGUGGUGGGACGCAACGAGAAUCGCUACAUUCGGGAGUGGGUGGACUACCACAAGUGCCUCGGCUUUUCACACAUCUACUUGUACGACCACAACAGUACGGAACCGCUGUUGGGGGAGCUCAAGGAGCACGUGGCCUCAGGCUUUGUGGAGUAUACCAAUUACAGCGCCGCGCACACCAAGUUUAAGGAGGGAUACACGUCAGAUUUGGAUCGUUUCAUGUCUACCGUACAGGGCCAGGCUUACAAGGACUGCGUGGACCGUUUCGGAGGUCGUCAUACCUUUUUGGGGUUCAUCGACAUUGACGAGUUCCUGGUCAUCUACGAUGAGAAGGUGAGGCACGUGGACGAGCUGCUUCGGGACUACGAGCGGCACCCCGGCUUGUCCAUCUACUGGGUACUGCUGGGCAGUAGCGGCCACAAGACCCAGCCCGAGGGGCCGGUGGUGGACCGGUACAAGGCGUGUACCCCCCACGACCACAAGUUCAACACGCAGUUCAAGACCUUUGCCAACACGCGCUUCCGACCCGUCAUGUACUCGCCUCACCGCGCUGUCUUCGCCGCCCCACCUGACCCGGAGACCGGUCUGGAGCCGUACAUGGUGGACGAGAACCACAACCGAGUGCCCCGCGGCCGCAACAAGAACUCCACACACACGCGUGCCGCCAUCUACCACUACGUGACCAAGUCAAAAAAGGACUUUGACGACAAGAUGGAGCGGGGCGGCGGGGCGGGAGUAACCCGGCCCAGCUACUACUACGACCUUAUGAACAAGUACAGCACCGAGACGUGCGAGGGUGCCGUACGCACUCGGCAACGCUUCUGCGGCGGCAAGCUGCCCCAGGUUCUGUCGGACGUCAUCACAGGCGGCGGUUCAACGGCCGAGAGGGUGACGGCAACAGGCGGGGAAGCACGCAGCAGCAAUCGCAGUCGCAGCGGCAGCGGUGCCAAACCGAAGUCGACAGCCGCGAAAAAUGUUGACCCGGCGUAA